UCUGCUCUCCACAUUGUGGUUGUGGUCUGCAGGUCUUGGCCGGGUGAGUCCGUCUCUGAUGUCCGUGGCCAAAGACGAUGGUUCAAGUUCCCAGGAUGAUGCCACAGAUGAAAUCAUGGAUAGACUUGUCAAAUCUGUUACCCACAAUCCCUCAGUCCGAGUGCCAAGCCCCAGGACCCGGAAACGGUCCCGCCUCAACCGGAAGUCAUUGAGGAGGACUCUUAAGUCUGGUCUCAGUGUGGAUGUGGUUCAGGCUCUGGGACUCAACAGCGAGACUGAAGACAGAGUCUGAUCACAACCAUCGAGCAGACAUGAGGAGACAUAAGGAGACGGACAAGUGACAGCAUUUAUUCUGUCCAGUGUUCAUGUGUGUCACAGAUGAAUCAAUCACUCACUCACUCUCACUCACUCACAGAUUCACACUCAUUCACUCACUCACAGAUUCACACUCAUUCACUCACUGACUCACUCAUUUACUCACACUCACUCACUCACUCACUCACACACAUUCACUCACACAUUA